CACUGAUGACCAGUGUGCCCUGAUGAUCAGUGUAGCCCCAGCAGUGCCACCUGUCAGUGUCCAUCAGUGCCAGCUGUCUCUGCUCAUCAAUGUCACGUGCCAGUGCCCAUCAGUGCCACAUAUCAGUGCCCAUCUGAGCUGCCUUUCAGUGUCACCUAGCAGUGCCAGUCAGUGUCACCUAUCAGUGCGCAUCAGUGCCGCCUAACAGUGCCAGUCAGUGCCGACUAACAGUGCCAUAUAUCAGUGCCAUAUAUCAGUGCUGUCUUUCAGUGUCCAUCAGUGCAGCCUAUCAGUGCCCAUCACUGCAGCCUCAUUAGCGCACAUCAGUGAAGGAGAAAAAUCACUUAUUUACAAAAUUUUAUAA